AUGUCUCCGGUGGGUGAGCUGCCCGAGCCUCUCCACACACUCCAUGAGAGGCUUUACCAGGCCGCGGUCAAUGGAGAAGCUCAGAAAAUAUCUGAGCUCUUCAAGCUCGGUGCCAAAAUGAGCGCAGACGAGGAGGGUCGUACUCCUCUACACAUGGCCUGCGGCAAUGGCUUCGUGGAUUCGGCGAGAUGCCUUAUCCUCAAUGGUGGAGCCAAGAUCAACCAGUUGGAUGCAUGUGGAUACACACCUCUUCACCACGCAGCAAUGGACGGUCAUAUGGAGGUGAUUCGCUUAUUGGCUAAACAUGGCUGUGCUCUAAAUGCUCAAGAAAGGCUCUCGGGGAACACGGCCUUACACGAAGCUGCUUGGAGAGGUUUCAGCAGAACGGUCGAGGUUCUUGCGAGAGCCCACGCAAACUUGUACGUCAAGAACAAAGCCGGAUUCACGGCCUUGCAUCUGGCGGCUCAAAACGGCCAUAAUCAAAGCUCACGAGUUCUCUUGAUGGAAGGUUGCGGACCCGACGUGAAGAACAACUAUGGCGAUACCCCUCUACACACUGCCACUCGCUACGGACACGCCGGCGUCGUGAGGAUCCUAGUCUCUGCCUUCUGCAAUGUUCAGGAGACCAAUCGGAAUGGUGACACGGCCCUGCACGUCGCCGUCGCGAUGCGGAAACGAAAGCUUACGAAAAUUUUACUCGAAUCCGGGGCUAGUGUAUUCGUCAAGAACGAACAGGGAGAAUCUCCAUUAGACCUCGCGCAACGGAAAGCAUAUCCGGAAAUCGAAGAAAUGCUUCUGCAUUCGCCAGCUAUCGUCCGACCGGACAACGUUGUUGAGAACGGCAAGGGCAAAAAGAGAGAAAAAGACCCGAAUACGUCCACAAGCAGCGGUAAACUGAACACCAGCGCUAGUCGGAAGAAGAAGAAGACGAAAACGAAAGGCGACAUGUUGCGCUCGAAAAGCUUGCCAUCGACAGCACCCGUGGGGCCGUACGGCUGUCCACACUCUCCGCACGACAUGGCGGGCUUCCCGACGCCAAAAAUCGAAACUUUGCCCCCGGAUCCGCUUGCCAAAGGCGAACAGUACUAUCUCGAUCUCGCUGGGAAUAUCCGGAAGGGUCCAGUGGGCAGAGGCUAUAGCUGCUACUGUGUUCCAUUCUUCAAGGACUUCGAAAGGAAACUCGAAGCCGACAAGCAGGAACUACAGGAGAAAAUUGGCGAAUCUAAACAGGAUUUGGAGAAGAAAAUAAAAACGCUCGAACGCAAUACGAUAUCACAGCUUCAAUCGCUCGACAUCAUGCGGGACCCGAAUGAAAACUCUCAAGACGAGCAGUCCUUACAAGCUUUCGCCGAAAGAAAGAUUGGGAGACGAACCAGCCCGCUUGGACGCAGUUCACCCCCCCUACAGACACAGCACGCGGAGAGCUCAUCGGCGCGAUGGUCGAAGCUCAUGGAAUGCAGAGCGAGUCUUGGUCUGCAUUUGAACGAGUCCUCGGGCGAAUCGUCCCAAGAAGACGACGACGAUGAUGAUAAUGAUGAUGUCGACUGCCAUGCCGAUAGUGGCAUGCAAGUGAGACCGAUGACGGUUUUCCAAAGAAUACGUCCAUUAUCAACGAGUUAUAUGAAUUUGCCGACUGCCGACUUUAAUGAAGUCGGCCUACCCUUACCCGAAAGUGUGGACUUGUCACGAACGUUGAGUCGUCUAGAAAGACGGUCAACUGCAUCGCUCGGCGCACGCGAACCCGCGGCCGGACGGAGCCCAUCGCUCUUGGAGAACAAUACUCCACCUCCUUCAGCGAUCGCUUCAAGCCUCCCGGAAGACACAUCAGGAGUUCGGAAACCUAUUUGUCGGCCGCCGAAGCCUCCUUCUUAUCAAACACACAUGGAACGGUUGAGCCACACACCGGUCAGGAGCGGCACUCUAAUUCAUCCAGGCUAUACUACGUGUCUCGGUCAGAACCCUAGGUCAGCAUCUACACCCCCGAAAGUUACGCCAAUUCCAUCGCACAAUGUUUCGUCUUCGUGUUCUUCUUCGAACUUGAUGCAUCAUCAACGAGUGAGCGCCAACCAUCAUCACCACCAUAUGGCUUUGGAUAGCGUUCCUUCUGGAGCGAGAAGCUCGAUGCAGAACCUCACAAGUUACAUUCCCGAAGAAGAUGGGUCGAAUCUCUUCCGUAACAACGAUAAGCUCACGAAAGAAUCAUCUGCCACAAAACUGCCAUCAUUGAAUCAUCAUCCCCACAGUCCGCGGACUCAGCGGCUCGUCAUGUCCAGUGAAGUGUAA